UAUAAGAUUAUCUUCAGUAUCGCGCUUCUCCCUGUCCUCCCUCGCUCUCGGCGGUGUUUCGUAUUUCAAAAUGUUGAAUUUUGCUGAGGCGAGGAGCGACACCUGUUAAGAGAUAGAUACAAAGCGCGUAUUUUUGAUCUGUGAAGGCUCGCAAUAUUUCUCUCUCUCUCUUUCAGGGAAGAAUCGAAUCGAAUCAAAAUGGCGGCAUAUAGAGCCGACGAUGAUUACGACUAUCUGUUCAAGGUCGUUUUGAUCGGAGAUUCAGGUGUAGGGAAAUCCAAUCUUCUAUCCAGAUUCACCAGGAAUGAGUUCAGCCUUGAAUCAAAAUCUACGAUUGGUGUUGAAUUUGCUACGCGGAGCAUUCACGUUGACGAUAAGGUCAUCAAAGCGCAGAUUUGGGAUACGGCUGGCCAAGAAAGAUACCGUGCAAUCACAAGUGCAUACUAUCGAGGAGCUGUUGGUGCCCUUCUUGUCUAUGAUGUUACUCGUCAUGUUACUUUCGAGAAUGUGGAGAGAUGGUUGAAAGAGCUUAGGGACCACACUGAUUCAAACAUUGUGAUUAUGCUUGUGGGGAACAAGGCUGACCUGCGUCAUCUUCGUGCUGUUUCUACUGAGGAUGCAAAAUCCUUUGCCGAAAGAGAGAACAAUUUCUUCAUGGAGACAUCUGCUCUGGAAUCAAUGAAUGUGGAAAAUGCCUUCACAGAAGUGCUCAGUCAGAUCUAUCGCGUUGUGAGCAGGAAGGCUCUUGAUAUUGGGGAUGAUCCUGCAGCCUUGCCCAAGGGACAGACCAUCAAUGUCGGCACCAAGGAUGAUGUUUCAGCUGUGAAGAAAGUUGGAUGCUGCUCUGCCUAACUGAAGGAAUGGGGAUAGAGAUCUAAUUGUUGAAGAUAACAUCCCUCUUCUCUUCGUCGGAACUCUUCAUUCUAUGGUGAUGUGUGGUUCCUGUUGGUAUUUAAUUUAGAUUUUGGGCAUGUUAACAACACAGAGAAUGCUCUCUCAAAUAGACUUUACUGUUAUAUCAUCAAUGCAUUGAUGGUUAAAAGUGUCUAGGGCUAGCCAAUAUGUUUAGGAAUCUAUAGAAAGUUGGUGAGAUUUGUGUAAGUCUCUUUUCAUUCGAGGCAGAUUCUGGCAAUUUGCCUGUCUCCUUUAAUUUAUCUUUCUUUGGGGUUGAUGUUGAUGGUGAUGUAAUACUUUGAUUUUUUUAUAAUUACCAUAGGGUUCUGUUAUAUUUGUUCACUUUUGGACUACAGAUGUAUUCAGAUAAUCCACUUCAUGUAUCUGAUCGAAUGAUUAGUGUUUU